AUGUGGCAGAUUCUCGUGUUCGUUUGGUUCCUUUCCGUUCCUGUGAACGGAUUCGAUUGCAGUCAACCAAAAGACACGGGGAGUGCGUGCAGUGAUGGAACGGCCGCGAGAGCCUUCUACUUUGAUUCCAGAACAAGUUAGUUCUACGCUUUCUUUUUCUGUCCAUUCUAAUGAAAAAUUAACGUUUUCAGAAGUGUGCCAGCCAUUCCUUUAUUCUGGAUGCGGAGGAAACGAUAAUCGGUUCGCGACUUCUAAAGAGUGCCGUGAUUCGUGUCAGAACAAGAAGCCGACCACUUCGAUUCCAGCCUCUCAAUCCUCCAACAAUACCAUCUCCGACGACUCCGAUUCUUCCACAUCUCCAAACUCUCCGCCAUUUGUGCCGAAAGGAAACUCUCACGAUCAAUGGAGGAAGGCGGAAAUCUGCGGAUCCAACUACUUGAUUCCCAACGGAAAGUACAUCCUGUGCUCAGCGAACCGAUCUUGCCCCAAGUUCCAUUCGUGCGUCAACGGAGCCUGCUGCCCCUCGAAGGACUACGUCUGCUCUCUGAGAGACGACAACGGAAGCUUCACGGACGGCGUCGAGGACCGCCCGAGGUUCUCGUGGAACCACGACAUGCACAGUUGCACCCGCUGGAGUUACUACGGAGCAAACGGGAACUACAACAACUUCCCGAACUUCCAGUCGUGUAUGAAAUACUGCCAAGACUCUAGCAAAAUCGAAUUGUAG